AUGACUUCAACUAUAUUUGCCAAUGUCAAAAAAUAUUUUAAGUAAAAUUCAUAUAUAGUCAAUUAAUUUCAAAACACGAAACGAAAUAAAUAAGCAAUAUUGUCAUUAAGAAAUUUUCUUAAGACUUGCUGUUAUCAGUUUAUCUGCAAACACAUUUUUCAACAUUUGUCGUAGCAAACUUUCACCAUAUACCGCGUUAAUCCAAAUGGCUAAGAAUUACUCGGAUUCAAAUAUGGCGAAAUACAAGGAAAGAUACGUUCUCGCUACACAAAUCUGGAUACUAUAAUUUUAAAUUAUUUUCGGAUGGACGAUCCAUGUACUUUAGGAAGAAGAACGAUCGCUGAACUCCAAUGGCCACACAUCACCACGGCCAAUGAACGUAAAACGUGGCCAUUCUUAUCGAGCGCUAAUCUUGAAUCAUAUUAAAAUCGGUGAUAUGUAUCAGACCACACUAUUAAUCAAUCAAAAAUAGUAAAAAUACAUAUAUAAUGAAAAUACAAAUUACACGUAACCGGGCACAGGGAGGAAGUGCGAGCAUAGAAUGCUAACAUAAAAAUUUGCGCCCGCAUUUUUACGUAACAAUGCAAUCGAAAACCGUCCUCUUAACACGUUGUAACAGUGAAAGUUAAACAAGAUGAAAUUCGAGAUGCA